AUGGGAGACAACGAGGACGUGGACUUUGCAGCGUCGGCGACGGGCAACGCCGUACUGGAUGCAGCGCGUGGCGUAUCAGGUUCAGGAGGUGCUGUAGCGACCGAACAGGGCACCGAGUGGGUGCGGCUGGAGCUCUGUGCGAUCGCGAGUCUGCAGCUGGCGCUGGUGCUUGUGGCCUACCGCUUGGACCGCUCGAAGCAUCCCGUGCUGAUAUCUGAGUCGGCGGUUGCUAUUUUCUUUGGUGUUUUGUUUGGCAUUGGAGUGCUGAUUUUCUACCCAAUGAAAUCGCUGAACAAUGGCAUGGAUCCCGAAGUGCUCUUUUACGCGCUGUUGCCACCGAUUAUCUUGGAAGCUGGGUUCAACAUGAAGAAGAGGGGCUUCUUCUCCAACGUCAAUGCAAUUAUGCUGCUAUCCAUCGUCGGAACACUCGUCGCGACAUUCAUCACGGGCGGUAUCUUGAUCUGGGUGGGCAAUUUGGGGCUCAUUACCAAGUUGACAGCUGCAGAAGCGUACCUGUACGGCGCGCUCAUUUCGGCAGUGGAUCCGGUCGCAACUCUGUCAGUGUUCAAGAAGAAUGACGUGCCGCCACUUCUUUUCAAUCUUGUUUUUGGCGAGAGUAUGUUGAACGACGGCGUUGCGAUCGUGUCGUUCACACUGUUCCAGGGUCUUGUUCGAGACGACAUUGCUGACGUCACCUUACAUGACGCAGGGAUCAUUAUUACCAAGGUUUUUGGCAUCGGUUUUGGAUCUGUUGGUCUAGCAGCAGUGGUGUGCUUCACAUCGGCGUUUCUGCUCAAGCAAGCUGACCCGGCUCUGCGACAGUACCCUUCCUACGAGAUAUCAAUCGUGCUGCUUUCGGCGUACCUGAGCUACGUGAUUGCUGACCUGGUUGGCCAGAGCGGUAUCGUGGCGCUGUUCUUCUCGGGCGUGCUGAUGAGCCACUACCACUUGCAUAACAUCGCUCACGAGAGUGCAAUGGCUCUGCGGCAUUUGCUGACGACUUCGUCGUUCAUGGCGGAGAACUUUGUGUUCAUCUACAUGGGCAUGAGUGUGGUAGCAUACUCAAGGUACUUUACGUGGGACUGGGGAUUUAUCCUCGCCAAUAUGAUCGCUUGUAUCUUGGGACGCAUGCUCAACACGUUUCCGAUGUGCGCACUUGCAAACCUCUGCCGGUCGGAAGACAACAAGAUUCCGUGGAGCCACAUGGUGGUUAUUUGGUUUGCUGGGCUUCGAGGGGCUAUUGCGUUUGCGCUGGCGCUGAAUGUGUACACGCCCAAUCGCGUUCACGCGAGCGUGAUCCAAAGCACGACGCUUUUCACGGUCAUGUUCACGACUUUGGUUUUCGGAAUGGGGACAAGUCCUGUGCUGCGCUUUUUCGGCUUGACAACCACGCAGGAUGAUGAACAGAAAUAUGAUGACAGCGAGGGUGCGAACGAGCGUUUGCUUUCCAGCGACGACGAGCGCGAUACAGACACUGCGUUUCGGCGCAUUGACCGGUCACCACCUCGCCGUAACGUUCGUGGCAUUCACGGCGUUUGGGAACGCAUUGACGAACAGUACUUGAAGCCACUGUUUGGCGGCCAUCCCCGUGACCAGCGAGCGGCCGGACUCGCGCGCAGAAAACCAGGUGUGUCGACUGCGAGCACCAGUGGCUCUUCUCCUCGAUCGCCGCGACAUUGCAAUCAUAAACGAAAGGACAAGCAGGAAUUCCCACCGCAGCCAUUGCGAAAGUCUUCACUGUCGCAGAUACCGGUAGCUGUCGUGACAGAGGACCAUGACGACCGCGAGGUCAGCGUGUAG